AUGGAGCAGUACCGGGAGAAGAUCAACGCCCGAGACGAUCACAUCAGAGAAUCAUGGAUUAAGGCUAUGGAGGCGCGAAUAGUCCGGGAAGAGCUGCAAAAGUGCUAUAGGGGCGAGGGCGUGAACCAGUUGCAGAACUGCAAGGGACUGGCAGAGAUGUACGCUGGUAUGAUUAGGGACAACAAGGUGGGUCAAUUCGUCCGGAAAUAA